AUGCGAGGCAACAUCCGCCUCGCAUUAAUAUGCGUCUCUUCCCUCCUGCUCUUCUCCCUCUUCCUUCUCGAAGCCCACCUCCAGGAUCUAUGUAAUCAAUACCGCGCCGGCGCAUACAUGGUUGCAUGGUUGGACAAUGACGCUCCUACACAACCCACCUACACAAACCCCGGCGACAAAGUGAUCGUUAUGGCGAAGCUGGAAGAAGAACACACAGAAUGGGUCGCCCAGGAACUUCCAGACUGGCAACGCGCAAUCUAUACCGUCAAUCCUACACAUGAAAAUCGCAUGAACCCAGAUACCCUCACCACACCCUUUAAUAAAGGCCAUGAAUCAAUGGCCUAUUUCACAUACAUCAUUGACAAUUACGAUUCCCUCCCCUCGACAAUCGCCUUCCUACAUGCCCACCGUGCAGGCUUCUUAAUGGCCUGGCAUGUCGACGCCCCGCUACACGAUAACGUUCUCGCCAUGCGCAACCUGCAACUCGAUUUCGUCAAACAAAACGGGUACGUCAAUCUGCGUUGCAAUUGGAACCCAGGAUGCAAGGGCAAACAUCGCUUCAAUAAGCAUGUCACGGAGCAGAUAUGGUGGGAUGUCUUCGACGGAACCAGUACCCCGCCCUUGAAUAUGUCGUCACCGACGGAAGUCGAAUAUCCUGGGGUUCGCUAUGCGAAACCGAUAGAGAUUGGGACGGCUUGCUGUGCGCAGUUUGCUGUAUCGAGGGAACAGGUGCAGUUGAGACCACGGGAGGACUAUGUGAAGUUCAGGCAGUGGGUUAUGGAUACGGAGUUGAGCGAUGCAUCUUCUGGGAGGGUCAUGGAGUUUAUGUGGCAUAUCAUCUUUGGCAUGCAGGGUGUCUAUUGUCCCGAUGAAAAGAUAUGCUACUGUCAGGUUUAUGGACAGUGUUGA